AUGACAGGAUUAGUACGGCCGGCGACCAGCUGUCGGAUUAUCAUCUACUCGACCACGUUGAUAUUGCUGGUGUUUCUCCGACAAGUGUAUUCAUUCUGCCCGUCGAUAUGCACGUGUGAGGUGGACCCGACUGCACGCACGUGGUGUAUCGGAGCUGGCCUGGAUGUGGUCCCAAUUCAGCUUAAUCCGGACGUACGUUACAUCAAUCUGACGGCAAAUCACAUUACCAACGUUCAUUUCACGCUCAGCUUCUAUCACAAGCUCGAGGUGCUAGACAUUUCAUUCAACCGCAUCGACACGCUGGGAUCCAGAAAUUUCGACACCCAGGAGAAUCUAAGAAUUCUAAACCUCAGCGAUAAUGCGCUUGGCAGCAUUCCGAAAGAUGCAUUCAAAGGUCUGAAACGGCUACAGAUCUUAAAGCUGUGCAAUAAUCGGAUAGAAACCAUUCACCCCACAGCGUUCAACGACCUGCGAAACCUCAUCGAGCUUGACUUCGCUAACAAUGCUAUAAUUUCACUUGAUCAUGGAGUUCUUAGGCAUUUGUACUCUCUAGAAAAAAUAUCCUUUCAAAACAAUCAACUAUUGGAGGUGCCGUUCGAACAUAACCUCGAGCACCUUUCGCGGUUGCAGUCGCUGGACUUGUCUGUCAAUCUAAUAGAGUUCAUUGCCAACGACAGCUUUGUGAGCCUUCGGGAAUUACGAGCGCUUCGAAUGGGCGGAAAUGUCCUCACCGAACUGGACUAUGGUGCGUUCCACGGCCUCAACGCUCUCCGAGUGCUGGACCUUGCUGACAAUAACUUUACAGUCGUGCCAACGCUGCAAUUAUCAAAGCUCUGCAAUCUGACAUAUUUAUCGCUGAGUGGCAACAAUUUCGACGCAUUGCCGGCCGUAUCGUUCCUCAAUCUUUUCCAGCUCCGUCAGCUGCACUUGGAUCGGCUGAAUCAUCUUGACAGGAUAGAUGUGAGAGCCUUCGUCGACAACACCAACCUGCACACCUUGACGCUGGACAGCAAUCCAUCAUUCACAAGUCUGCCGCUACGAUUAUUCAGUGGCAACCCGCAUCUGGUAGAAAUUUCCAUGCGCCGUAACGCUCUUGUUCGACUGGAAGCGGUGCAGUUCCCACUGGACCGGCUGCAUCGGUUGCGGUUGGCCGGAAACCCGCUGGUGUGCAACUGCUCUCUGCUCUGGCUUUGGCGACUGGUCAGCGAGGGCGAUACGGAUGAUGAAUUUCUGCUCACCUCGGCAGCGUUAACCAGUGCAGGAGCUACGAUCGAUGAAGAACCUUCGGGGCACCCGCUCGUAAUCGAUCGGGAUGAGUUGGGUUGUGAUCUUUUCGAAAAUGGGCAGAAAAUUCGUCGAACUCUGCGAACGAUGACGGAAUCGGAUAUGAAUUGUCCGACACAUGUAGUCACUGUGAUCAGUGCCGUGUUCAGCAUUCUGCUGGUGAUGGCUACCGCUGCCAGUGUUCUGUACUUUUUCCGGUUGUCUAAAAGGCGAAAAAAGCUGCUGCACGAUGGUAAAGUAGUAAAUGAUUUGAUUGUGCCACAAAAAGUAGACAAACUAGAGCUAGAGCGAUAUUUAGCACAGCAAAGUGCAGCCAGUGAAUAUCGACCACUACGGGGAGGUCCUUGGGAGGUUACACCAAUGCUAAUAGAUGAGCAGUAUCACUAUGGGAACACGAUACAGGAGCCGAGCCACUACGAGAGCUUUGAAUAUUAUCAGCAACGUCCGAGCCGGCAGAAUCACCAGCACAAGCGGACGACCCUUGCCAGGCCGCACAUUGUGUACGUAUGACUCUAGACCGGCCGGAAGAUCCGUAGUAGUAGCAGCAGUAGAAAAUGUUUCGGCAUUUGUAGCACUGGCGAUAGCAAGAGCGUGCGGCCACUUCUCGUUGAUAGCACCGUUUGAGGUUAUGUUUUAUUUUCUUUCUUCCGAGUGAUGAAAGCCAAAUUUCGGGCAUGGAUUACGGUAAGGGAAAUCAAAUCGCUGUAAAAAUUUACAUAAAUAUAAGCACUUCCUCGUCCCACUUUCCUCCGUUCGUAUGUAUUCGUUUGAAAUGUGUAAAUAGGGAAAAGCGAAUAGAGGGA